AUGGCGGAAGGAAUUGAUCGUCGUGCAGAUGAGCGCAUGGAGUUCACGACCUCGAAGGAGGUCACCGUGGCCCCGACUUUCGAGGACAUGCAUCUGAAGGAGAACCUUCUACGGGGUAUCUAUGCAUAUGGAUAUGAGUCGCCCUCGGCCGUCCAGUCUCGCGCCAUCGUCCAAAUUUGCAAGGGUCGCGACACAAUUGCCCAGGCGCAAUCUGGUACUGGUAAAACUGCAACAUUCUCUAUCAGUAUCCUUCAAGUUAUCGACACAGUGGUUCGCGAAACACAAGCUCUCGUUUUGUCUCCUACUCGCGAACUUGCAACCCAGAUUCAGUCCGUCGUUAUGGCUCUCGGCGAUUAUAUGAACGUUCAAUGCCACGCAUGCAUUGGUGGUACAAAUGUUGGUGAAGACAUCAGGAAACUUGAGUAUGGUCAACACGUGGUCUCCGGUACCCCGGGACGUGUUGCAGAUAUGAUUCGACGACGCCAUCUCCGAACUCGCAAUAUCAAGAUGUUGGUUCUCGACGAAGCAGAUGAGUUGUUGAACAGAGGAUUCCGUGAACAGAUCUACGAUGUCUACCGAUACCUACCUCCCGCCACCCAGGUUGUUGUUGUUUCUGCCACCCUUCCAUACGACGUGCUUGAUAUGACCACGAAGUUCAUGACCGAUCCUGUGCGCAUUCUCGUCAAGCGUGACGAGUUGACUCUUGAAGGCUUGAAGCAGUACUUCAUCGCCGUUGAGAAGGAGGAAUGGAAAUUCGAUACCUUAUGCGAUCUUUAUGAUACUUUGACCAUUACCCAAGCCGUCAUUUUCUGCAACACUCGACGCAAGGUCGACUGGCUUACCGACAAGAUGCGUGAGGCCAACUUCACGGUUUCAAGCAUGCACGGAGAAAUGCCACAAAAGGAACGAGACAGUAUUAUGCAGGAUUUCCGACAAGGCAACUCUCGUGUCCUCAUUUCCACCGAUGUUUGGGCUCGUGGUAUCGAUGUCCAGCAGGUCUCCUUGGUUAUCAACUACGAUCUCCCCAGCAACCGUGAAAACUAUAUCCACAGAAUCGGUCGAAGUGGUCGAUUCGGUAGGAAGGGUGUUGCUAUCAACUUUGUCACCAGUGACGACGUUCGUAUUCUUCGUGACAUCGAACUUUACUACUCUACCCAGAUUGAUGAGAUGCCUAUGAAUGUUGCCGAUCUAUUGUCAUAA